AUGCUUCUCUCUCUCUCAUUUCUCUCUCUCUCUCAUUUCUCUCGCUCUCUCAUUUCUCUCUCUCUCUUUCUCUCUUUCUCUCUUUCUCAUUUCUCUCUCUCUCAUUUCUCUCUCUCAUUUCCCUCUCUCUUUCUCUCUCUCUCAUUUCUCUCUCUCUUUCUCAUUUCUCUCUCUCUCAUUUCUCUCUCUCUCUCUCUUUCUCUCUCAUCAUCAUCUCUGUUUCCAUCCCAUUUUCUUGAUUCCACGCCUACUCUCCUUCUUCCUCAAACAUCUGCUUCCCUUUUCCGUUUGAUCCUCUUCCUUAUUCUCCUCAUCCUCCUCCUCUUCCUAAUACUACCACUCCUAUCUCCUUUCCUUCGUCGUUUUCUUUGCAUUCCUCCUACUAUUCUUCAAUAUUCAGUGCGACCAACAAUUGAAAACUUUCUGCGACCUCUUUAUAAUUACCCCCAACUCUCUCUCUCUCUCUCUCUCUCUCUUUCACUUUUCCUCUCUAUCUAUCUCUCUCUCUUGCUUUAUCUCUCUUGUUUUUCCUCACUUCCCCUCUCUCUCUUCUUUCUCUCCCUCACUCUCUCUCCCUCUCUCUCUCUCUCUCUCUGGUCCAGAAUGACUUUUACUCUCUCUCUCUCUCUUUCUCAGUUUCUCGCUCUCUCUCUCUCUCUCUCUCUCUCUCUCUCUCUCUUUUUCUCAGUUCUCUCUCUCUCUCUCUCUCUCUCUCUCUCUCUCUCUGGUCCGGAAUGGCUCUCACUCUUUCUCUUUGCCAUUUUUCUCUCUCUCUCUCUCUCUCUCUCUCUCUCUCUCUUCUUUUCUCACUGUUCAGGAAUGGAUCUCUUUUCUAAUUCACUUUCCCGCUUUAUCUCUCUCUCUUUUUCUCUACUUUUCUCUGUUCGAGAAUGGGUCUCUUUUCUAAUUCUCUUUCCUUGUAUCUCUCUCUCUCUCUCUCUCUCUCUCUCUCUCCUUUUCAAGCAUAGGUCUCAUUUGUAUUCCUCUUUUCCUCUCUAUCACUAUCUGCUUCUCUAUCUCUUUAGUUUUGAAUCAUUUUCUAUUGUUCUUACUCUCUUACUGUAUCUCUAUUUUUUAUUUCUCUUCCAUUUAAUUUCUUCCACAAAUAACCAAUAUGGCGUCGCAUGCAUUUCGAGAAAGAAGCCCUACGUAUCUGGAAAUGUUACCGCAGCGACGGUUUUUAAUUUGCCUGAUGACAAGUUCAGAAGACGCCAUUCACCUAUUUUCUAUUUAAUUCCAUCCCGCUUCCUUCCUUUCUUUCUUUCUUUCUUUCUUUUUUGA